GCGAAGUCCGAAAACUUUUAAAGAUGGCGCUCUCCACGAGGUCAACGGUGCUCUCGUUUUUAAUCAUCAAAAACUCCAUAAAAUUGCGAACGGUUUCGAGUACUGCACGUCCUUGUAUCCACUCCCUCCUAAAAAGGAGCAUCUCUACAAGCUGUCCCAGACUGGACUCCUUUCCGCCAAAUUUUUACCACCCGAAGGACUUGGUAAGGGAGGAAGAUGCAAGAACAGAGUAUAUUGAGUCCAAAGAAGACUUCAAAUAUGUGGAGAGGUUGAUUCCAUCAUUAGAGCCCCCUACUCCCCCGGCUCACGAGAAAUACCCUACACCCUCAGGCUGGGCUCCACCCAAAGGAGCUGUUCCAGGCACACCGUACACAGUGCGAAGGACGCGAUAUCACAGCAUACCAGUCUACCUGAAACUGAAGUUUGGCAACACCCAACAGCUGACUGUCAUCAAGAAUAUAGAGGGCGAUAUAUGGGCUUUGGCAGAGGAGCUCAAGACACACCUUGAAAGGUUAGAAGGCUGUACCCUGCCCAUGAGAGUGAGUGAGUUUGGCCGAUGGGUGCACUUUAAGGGCAUGUUCCGGGACGAGGUCAAGCAGUGGCUUGUGGAGAAGGGAUUCUGAGAAGAGAGAGACUGGAGACUAUGCAAUGGUGGACAAGCUUGCAAGCAUGGCCCCUGAUUGCUGUCACUACCUUGUUCAUUACAGCCAUCUUGGUCUGGUUCCCAGACUGCAAGACAUUGCCUAAGAACUGAUUUUCAGCCUAAAUCUCAUCUUUGAGCGUCUGUUCUGGCUGUGAUCUCUGAAGUAGAACAAGACAGGGGUAGAUAUUGAGUUGCCGAAAAAAGGGAGGCAAGAUUGAAUACAAGCCAGGCCUGAUACAAGCACAUAUGCACAGGUAGUUCUGCAGACUACACAUGUCUGCCCAAAACUCUACCCUUAUGUAACUGUCGAAAUUGCAAGUGGUGUCUAGAAAAACCUUCACAUUGUCCACAUUUUGCAAUUCUUGUGG